AGUAAAUCAGUUGAAACUUUAUUUCCAACUUUGGAAAUUACAAGAAAUGUUCGAAAUCAAGUGAUAACAAAUCAUAUUCAGUCAAUAUAAUGAUAAAAAUUAAAUUAUUUUUGUCAAAAUUAACAAGUGGCAUAUUUCAAUACGAAUAUGAACUUUAAAUUUUGGCGGCUGUCUUGACAGCCUGGAAGAUCGGAAGUACAGCAGAAGAGCGGCCAUGUUCUGCCGCCUAAAAAAAUAAUUCCAUCUAAUAAUAAUUUUUUUUUGCAAACGAUUUAAAACCCAGUAUACAUUUUCAGGUAAAACAAUUCUACUUUAUUCCAAGUUACCCAUCAAGAGCCAUUAAAAAGUUAUUUAACCCUUCUUAAGAGUAUUCAUAUACCUGGGCGUAGUAAGAUUACUUCCCACUCCUGACUUCACUUCAGCAGUCUUUUCCGUUUAGCUAAACGCGGAGUGUAGACAUGUCUUUGCAAGAUAGACGUAAUGAUGAUUGGGACAAAAAUGGUCCAGCGAAUGAUGAGAAGGAUUCCCAAGGGUACGAUGGUCCACCAGGCAUGGAGCCUGAUGGCAUCAUCGAGUCGAACUGGGAAGAAGUUGUGGACAACUUCGAUGACAUGAACUUAAAAGAGGAACUCCUUAGAGGUAUUUACGCUUAUGGUUUUGAAAAACCAUCGGCCAUCCAACAAAGAGCAAUCAUACCUUGCGUCAAGGGUCAUGACGUAAUCGCUCAAGCUCAGUCUGGUACAGGAAAGACUGCCACCUUUUCAAUUUCCAUUUUACAACAAAUAGACGCGGCGGUGAGGGAAUGCCAGGCUUUGAUUUUGGCUCCAACUCGUGAAUUAGCGCAACAAAUUCAGAAGGUAGUGAUUGCAUUAGGAGAUUUCAUGUCCGCUCAAUGCCACGCUUGUAUUGGAGGAACUAACGUUAGAGAAGAUAUGAGAAAGCUAGAAACUGGGGUACAUGUCGUUGUUGGUACCCCAGGUAGGGUCUACGAUAUGAUUACUAGACGGGCUUUGAGAACAACCCAUAUUAAAAUGUUUGUCUUGGAUGAAGCUGAUGAGAUGUUGUCCAGAGGGUUCAAAGAUCAAAUCCAUGAUGUCUUUAAAAUGUUGAACUCUGAUGUACAGGUCAUUCUGCUUUCCGCUACUAUGCCCAAUGACGUGCUAGACGUUACUAAAUCAUUUAUGCGCAGCCCUGUGAGGAUUCUCGUCAAAAAAGAGGAACUCACACUGGAAGGUAUAAAGCAGUUCUUUGUUUACGUCGAACGCGAAGACUGGAAAUUGGAAACAUUGUGUGAUCUCUAUGAUACUCUCUCGAUUACGCAGGCCGUAAUCUUUUGUAACACACGUCGCAAGGUCGACUGGCUGACUGAAAACAUGCACAAAAGAGACUUCACUGUGUCAGCGAUGCACGGUGAUAUGGAACAAAGAGAACGUGACGUUAUUAUGAGACAGUUUAGGACCGGAUCCUCUAGAGUUCUGAUCACCACUGAUUUGUUGGCCAGAGGUAUUGAUGUACAACAAGUGUCCCUAGUUAUUAAUUAUGAUUUGCCUUCAAAUAGAGAAAAUUACAUACACAGGAUUGGUCGAGGCGGUCGGUUCGGUCGUAAGGGGGUAGCAAUAAAUUUUGUUACGGAAGACGACAAGCGUACGCUGAAGGACAUUGAGCAGUUUUACAAUACGAAGAUAGACGAAAUGCCCAUGAACGUCGCAGAUCUCAUAUAAAAGCGAAACAGUAUACAGAGUGUUGGUGUGUUAACUACGACGUCCCUCCUGAAGGUCUACUGGUGUGAGUAUUAGCUUUCUAUGCUGAA